UGACAUGAUUAUUUAUGUAGGUUGAAACAGUCGCCCAGUUUGGUGUGGUAUUUCUGCUCUUUGCUUUGGGUCUAGAGUUCUCCACUGCUAAGCUUAAAGUUGUUCGAUCAGUUGCUGUUCUGGGAGGCCUUCUUCAAAUUCUUUUAUUCAUGUUCUUGUGCGGAAUCACAGUGUCGUUAUGUGGUGGUAAACAUUCGGAGGGGGUAUUUGUUGGAGCAUUUUUGUCAAUGUCAUCAACUGCUGUGGUGCUGAAGUUUCUCAUGGAAAAAAAUUCAACCAAUUCUCUUCAUGGCCAAGUUACAAUUGGAAUCCUUAUUCUUCAGGACUGUGCUGUGGGUUUGCUGUUUGCUUUGCUUCCAGUUCUUGAGGGAAAUUCUGGCAUUGUCCAUGGAAUGUUGUCAAUGGGAAAAGUGGUGGUUGUGUUGCUUUCGUUUUUGGCUGUUUUGUCAAUAUUAUCACGGACAUGUAUUCCUUGGUUGCUGAAGCUAAUGGUCAGCUUGUCCUCACAGACAAAUGAACUCUAUCAGUUAGCAGCUGUUGCGUUUUGUCUACUUGUAGCCUGGUGUAGUGAUAAGCUGGGAUUAAGUCUUGAAUUGGGUUCUUUUGCCGCGGGGGUCAUGAUAUCCACCACUGAUCUCGCUGAACAUACGUUGGAGCAAAUCGAACCCAUCCGUAAUCUGUUUGCUGCGCUUUUCCUAGCCAGCAUUGGGAUGUUAGUUAAUGUCCAUUUUCUGUGGACUCAUGUGGAUAUACUGUUAGCCUCUGUAAUAUUAGUAAUUAUCAUAAAGACAACAAUAGUUACAACCGUUGUCAAGGGAUUUGGAUACAACAACAAGACGUCUCUCCUGGUUGGAAUAUCUCUGGCUCAGAUAGGGGAGUUUGCCUUUGUACUACUUAGCCGUGCCUCCAAUCUUCACCUCAUCGAAGGGAAACUCUAUUUGCUUCUCCUCGGGACAACCGCUCUAAGCCUGGUUACGACACCGCUGGUUUUCAAAAUGAUUCCAGCAGUUGUGCAUCUAGGGAUAUUGUUAAAGUGGUUUUCUCCAGACAGUACUAUAGAGAAAGGAGAAAUCGUAAGGUCAGAAAGCGGUAAACAACGGAUGAUUCUAAUGUCACGCCAAUCCCACAGCUCCUGAAAACCAGAAUGCUUCUUCUCAACUGAAGUUUGGUACACCAAUUUUGACAAAAAGAAAACAAAAGCAAGCAAGCUGUAUGUGGUAAAGAAGAAGAAAAAAGAGCCAGAUUUUAACACUAACAUUGUUUGUUUCCUUGGGAGUAACUAACCCACAAGGCCACAACCCAUUUGUUUCCAUUGUAAUUAGUAUUGUUUCCUUUUUUUUCUUUUCUUUAUGUAAUCAUCCGUCAGGAAACAAGUUUGAUUUUGUUCUCUUGUAAUCAUAUACAGUAUAUACUCAAGUUUGAUUUUUUUUGUAAUCAUAUACAGUAUAUACUCAAUCUAUACCACUGUACUUUGUGCAACCAAAAUUAUAUGAGAGAAUAUAAUCAGCUCGAA